AUGAAGAACUUCGCUACUCUCGCGGCUCUCGCUGUCGGAGCCAAUGCUCUUGUCACCAGAGACAACACCUGCUGCUUCCAUCUGACCGCAUCGGGUGGUGCCUCUGGUCCCAUUGGCCAGCUUGAUGAUGGACAGAACCGUGUCUACGGCAACCUUCCCGAGGGCGAGUACUGCAUCAACUCCGAUGGCGGUAUCAUCGAUGGUCACGGACGCGGAUGCAUCUUGACCCCUCCUACCACCCAGUUCCAGUGUGAUUCCGGAGCUAAGCCCACCACCGGCUUCUCCAUCAACGCCCAGGGCCAGCUUACCUACAACGGAAACACAGACUUUGUCGCCUGUGCGACUGGUCAGAACGGAGGACUGAACGUCUACACCUCCCCCAAUAGCAACGAUGUGACUGGCUGCAAGAAGAUUCAGCUGAAUGCCGACAAUUGUGCCAAUACCGGUGCCGGCGCUAGCGCCAGUUCUUCCGCAGUCUACAGCUCGGUCAUCUCUGUCACUCCAACAAGUUCCGCAGUGCACAAGAGCACCCCUGCUGCCUCUCCUACUCACGAGUCGAGCGCCUCCGUUCCCAGCGCGCCAGCUCCCGAGUCGAGCGCUGCCGCAUCUACCACCACUGUGAAGACAACCAUGACCACUACCGCCUGCCCUCAGACAACUACCCCAGCUGGCUCCGGUUCUCAACCCUCUACACCCGCUGGCUCUGGUUCUCAGCCAUCCAGUGCGCCUAGCCAGGCCCAUCAGUCCUCGACUGUUCCAGGCUCCGGCUCCCAGCCUUCUCAGACCCCAUCUGGAUCACAUCCCUCUGCCUCUGCCACCCACUCUUCCAGCGCCAGCUGCCCAACCAAUCUCUCUGGCCAGUACGAAUUCCCCCACCUGAUCAUCCCUGUCGACUCCUCUUCUCCAAGCAAGGCUCCCGGCACCUCGUUCAAUGGCACGGUCUCUUCCACCGUCUCGAGCAUCUUCAACUUUGACAUUCCUUCCUCGGACGCCGGCAAGACCUGCAGCCUCGUCUUCUUGUUCCCCAAGAAGGAGGACCUUGAGACCUCUUCUUACUCCUUCAGCGGCGACGGCAAGAUCGAUUUCGCCAUGCUCGAGUCCGCCGCUACUUCCAAGACCUCCUAUAGCAACGCUCCCAAGGUCAAGCAGGACUACGGUGUUACCACCGUCUCCCCUGGCAACUCUUACCUGAUCUCUACCUUCCAGUGCCCCGCUGGACAGGCAGUCAGCUUCGAGAUGAAGAAUGCUGGUAGCACCAACCUCAACUUCUUCGAGGACUACAACCCCUCUCCUCUUGGUCUGUACAUCACUGUCUGCUAA